GAGUCAGAGUCCGAGAACAGGCUGGAUGGAGAGACGGCGUCGGACAGCGAGAGCAGAUCGGAGUUCGGAGGUUCAUCCACGGUGCAUACAUCAGAUGACACCCCAGAGGUCCUGAACAGAGCUCUGUCCAACCUGUCCUCGAGAUGGAAGAAUUGGUGGGUGAGGGGCAUCCUCACGCUGGCAAUGAUCACCUUCUUCUUCAUCAUCAUCUACUUGGGGCCCAUGGUCUUGAUGACAAUUGUGAUGUGUGUGCAGAUCAAGUGUUUCCACGAGAUCAUCACCAUUGGCUACAACGUGUACCACUCGUAUGACCUGCCCUGGUUCAGGACGCUCAGCUGGUACUUCCUGCUCUGUGUGAACUAUUUCUUCUACGGGGAGACGGUGACAGAUUAUUUCUUCACGCUGGUGCAGAGGGAGGAGCCCCUGCGGAUCCUCAGCAAAUACCACCGUUUCAUCUCCUUCGCCCUCUACCUGACAGGUUUCUGUAUGUUUGUCUUGAGCCUGGUGAAGAAACACUAUCGCCUCCAGUUCUACAUGUUCGGAUGGACCCACGUGACGUUGCUGAUUGUUGUCACCCAGUCCCACCUCAUCAUCCACAACCUGUUUGAAGGAAUGAUCUGGUUCAUUGUGCCCAUCUCCUGCGUGAUCUGCAACGACAUCAUGGCCUACAUGUUCGGGUUCUUCUUCGGCCGCACGCCGCUCAUCAAGCUCUCCCCAAAGAAGACCUGGGAGGGUUUUAUUGGAGGAUUUUUUUCCACUGUUUUGUUCGGAUGGUUGCUGUCCUAUGUGAUGUCAGGGUACCGCUGCUUCACCUGCCCUGUGGAGUUCAACAACGACACCAACAGCUUCACGGUGGACUGUGAGCCCUCCGAGCUGUUCCAGCUCCAGGAGUACAACAUCCCCCUGGUGCUGCAGUCUGUGGUGGGCUGGAAGACGGUCCGGAUGUACCCCUUCCAAAUCCACAGCAUCGCCCUCUCCACCUUCGCCUCCCUCAUCGGGCCCUUCGGAGGCUUCUUUGCCAGUGGGUUCAAGAGGGCCUUCAAAAUCAAGGACUUUGCCAACACCAUCCCGGGACACGGAGGGAUCAUGGACCGCUUUGACUGCCAGUACCUGAUGGCCACCUUUGUCAACGUGUACAUCGCCAGCUUCAUCAGGGGUCCCAACCCGAGCAAACUGAUCCAGCAGUUCCUGACCCUGAGGCCAGACCAGCAGCUCCACAUCUUCAACACGCUCAAAGCACACCUGGUUGACAGGGGAAUUUUGGGGAGCCUGGAGGACGCGUAGGCACCGGGAGAGAGGGACAGGACUGAGCACAGACAGGCCUCCGAGAGGAAAUCCCUGGCUUGCCUGAUUGAAGACAAUAACAAGGCCUCAUUUCACUGUAACUUUUCUUCCUUUCUUGGUAAAUGUUUGCAUUUGUGGUUUUUUUUUUUUUUUAAAUAAUAUAUUUAUAGAGCUUUGGUUCAAACGAGCAAAUCUCGGGUUUGGAGCUGAGGAGGAGUCAAGGUUUGGAAGGACUGUGGGGUGAAGCAGGAGGGUAGGACUGUCCUUGGGGACUGUGCUGAACCUUUGCAGUGUUUGGGCAGUGCUGAGCUUUCCCUGUGAGUGCAUUUUUGCAGGGAACACAGAACGUUGUCCGUGUGGAGCUGGCAGGGAAGUGACUCCGUGCCCUCCCCUGGCUUGCUGUGCCAGGCUGGUGGCAGCUCUGGGGACCAUCCUUCUCUCCAGUGGGACCUGGGAAUGCAGUGGGAGUUCUCCCAGAAAGCUGUGGGAUUCUCCUUGCCCAGGCUCUGGGAAUUGGAAGAGGAUCUUGUACUAACCCAGCCCCGUUUCCUCUGCCCAGCCAGGCACCUGCAGCUGCUCUCACCUGCUGGUUUUUGCAGUGCCUCUCACAUUCCCUCUUUUUUGUGGCUGAUAUUUUGGCGAAUGAGACUUUUAUAACCAAUUAAACCAGGAACAGACUGGGGACAAGGAGCCAAGGAACUGGGAGUCGCACAUGGGAAUGUGGGAGGUUCAAAUCGCUUCAAAACUGCUUGGAGUAAAUAAGUUUUAAAGAGCAUUGAAGCUUCACUGAGUAAUUUCUGCCAAGUAAGAACAACCCUUAAUUAACUUGGUUCAUUUUCCCCCAUUAAAUAACCUUUAAGAACCACCCUUUUCCAUUUCUUGAUGGUUGGAAACCCCUCACUGGGAUAUUUUAGGCAAUUUGGGGAGCAGUUUCCAGCCUGUUUUCUUGCUGGUUGGGCUCUGGCCCUGCUGGGGCUCCACUGGGAGUUUUGUUUUCUUUUCAGGGAUCAUGUCUGUUUGUUACUUGAGUUGUAGAUGUUGUGCUGCUGAGUUUACCAUGGUCUGUGUUGCAUUUCAGUCUGGGUUCAUUUCUCUGCAGGCUUCUGUCCUGCUUUGCUCACUGAAUCUUGUCAGAAAUAGUUUGUACUUAAUAGCUGCAAGUUUUACUGAAUUUUCCUUUAUUUUGUCAUACUUUUUUUAUUAUUUAAAAUGGAGAGCCCUAAAGAUUGUAAAACAUUUCUUUUUGGUUUUUUUUUUUUUUUCUUUUUUUGUGCUCAGAUAGUGAAAAUAUCCCCAUUUCCACCUUAUGCAGUGUUCCCAAACACGAGGUGACUCUUGAUUUUCCUUCUUUCCAUAGUUUGUGCAUGGGAGAGAGAACCUUUACCUUAUUUUAACCUGGGGAAGGAGUGACAGGGAGAGUUCAUACAGAGGUGCAUUGGUGUUUUCAAGCAGUUGCUGACACAACCCUAAGGCACAACCCCCCCCCCGUAUGAGACCUGUACCUGCUGCAACCUGGCUUAGCCUCGACAGAAAAUAAACCACCUGAGAACACCCCAAAUUCA